AUGGCUUUCAGAGGUGAGAAAUCAGAAAAAGAACUUGAAAAUUCAAAUCUAGUCGAAAUUGGAAAGGAGAUUGUGGCAAAGUUAAAAGGCCUUCCUCUUGCCAUAAGAAUCAUAGGAUGUCUUUUGUAUGCUAAAAAACCAGAACAUCAUCUUUGGUCGGCUUUCAAGGAUAAAGAGUUUUCUCGAGUUUUGGAGCAAAGAGAAGAAGCACAAUUCAUGCUGUCAAUAUUGGAGCUCAGUUAUAAUCAUCUUCCAUCGAGUUUGAAGCAAUGUUUUACAUAUUGUUCUUUAUUCCCCAAAGAUUAUAUCUUUCAAAAGGAUGAUAUGAUAAAGCAAUGGGUGGCGCAAAGUUUCGUUCAAUCAAUUGGAACAAUUGAGCCAAAUGAUAUUGGAGAAGAUUAUUUCAUGGAAUUAUUAUCAAGAUCAUUCUUUCAAGACGUCACAAGAAAUGAGAUGGGUGACAUAGUAGAGUGUAAGAUGCACGAUUUGAUGCAUGAUCUUGCUUCUUCAAUAGUAAAAAAUGAAUGCGUUUCUAUGGAUGUGAAUGAUUGGGUCGUUAUUGAAAAAACCAGACAUAUCUCAAUUUGCCAUAGGUUCGGUGUAAAAUUGGAGUCCUUGAAAUUAUUAUAUGAGGCAAAAAAAUUGAGGACUUUAAUUAUUGAUUCUCCCAUUAGGGAUUUCGAAAAAGUCGUUAAACUAAUCUUUACCAAGUUUUUACGAUUAAGGACGCUGAAUUUGAAUUUGGCCAUUGAGUUUACUAGUCAAGCAUUGCCUAAAUCUAUUGGCAAGUUGAAACAUUUAAGAUAUUUGAAAAUAUGUCAAAUUGGACUUUGUUUCCUUCCGAAUUCUAUGACUGAGUUGUAUAAUUUGGAAACACUUAUUCUUGAUGGGUGUAUGUUUUUACAAAAGCUGCCGAGAGAUGCAAAAAAUUGGAGGAACCUUAGGUAUCUAAGUCUUGCUGAAAAUUUCCGUAUAGAAUUCCUUCCAGAUUCGAUAGAUGAAUGGAAGAAUUUGGAAACACUCAUCCUACGAAAAUGUUUGUUGUUAAAAGAAUUGCCGAAAGAUAUUAAAAAAUGUGUCAAGCUUAAGCAUCUUGAUUUAUGUGGUUGCGAAUCUUUGACUCAUUCACCCAAAGGACUAGGUGAGCUUACUCGUCUUCAAACAAUGAAUCUUUUUGUAUUAAACAAAGAUGUUGGUUGUGAUUUAAGCGAGUUGAAUAGACUGAGCAAGUUGAGGGGAUCUUUAACCAUUAAUGGUUUGGAAUUUUGUACCACUGAUGAUCUUGAAAAGCAUUCUUUUAACCUGCAACAGAAGUUGGGUGUUCGAAAGUUGAAGUUAGUUUGGAAUUAUUCCAAAGAUGAGCCUAAGAAUAUUUCCGCAAAUGAUGACUGCAAAGGGGUUUUAGAAUGUCUACAACCAAAUUCAAACGCUCAAAAUAUAUAUAUAUGUGGAUAUCAAGAAGUCAAGCUAUGUGAUUGGCUAUGCUCUAAUGUUCUUACUCACUUGGUCAGCAUCAAACUUUCAGAUUGCUUCAAAUUAGAAGCUCUCCCCCAAUUCGAUCAAUUUCCAUUUCUCAAGCAUCUGGGUCUGCAAUCAUUACCUUGCAUCGAGUACGUUGACAACAAUGAAUAUCCUUCUUCAUCAAUGUUUCUUCCAUCCCUCGAGAAAUUAAUCAUGGUAGACAUGCCCAAUUUAAAAGGAUGGUGGAAGGGUGAAACUUCAUCAGAAUCUUCUCCGAACAGUGCCUCAUUUCCUACAACAGCGCCUUUCCUUUGUCAACUUAAAAUUGAUAGUUGUCCUAAAUUGGCUUCAAUUUCUUGGCAUGCACCUCUACGGAAACUCCAAAUAAGUGAUGUUACUUUACAACUACUUAAUACGGUAAUUGAAAUGACGGCAAAUCAUUCUUCUUCUACUCAGUCUAAAGUAUCUUCUCUUGAACUUAAUAGAAUGAAAGAUCUUGAGUUUUUGCCAAGAGAGCUAUUCUACAAUUUCACAAAUCUUGAGCUCCUUACCAUAACGGAUUGCAAAAGCUUACAAAUAUCUUCUUCUCUUGUACAACAUCAUGUCAAUGAGGCACUAUGGAAAGAGUUUCAAAGUCUCCGCUUUUUACAUCUUUAUGAAAUUCCCAAGUUGGAGUAUUUGCCUGAUGGGAUGCAACAUGUGACAACUCUUCAAACCAUUUACAUAGGAUGUUGUCCAAAUUUAGUAACUCUACCAGAAUGGAUGGACAGACUGACUUCACUCUCAGACCUAAUGAUUUUCCAAUGUCCAAUGCUCACUACAUUGUCGGAAGGGAUUCACCACCUCCCCUCUUUAAAAUCAUUGCAAAUUUGGGAUUGCCCUAAAUUGAUGAAGAGGUACGAGGAAGGAAGAGGAGAAGAUUGGCAAAAAAUUUCUCAUGUUCCUUUCGUGGAAAUUUUGUAA